GUUGGAUGAAUGCUUUGGGCCUGGAGGAGAGGUGCACAAAUUGUAAAGUGAAGUGUCCAUCAUGGCUGAACACCUGCUUCAUAGUCGGCCAUGUUGAUUGGGUGCGUGUUCAGCAUGGAUUGGAAAUUUGGGAAGUUUGUUCAGUUGAAAAUAUGUCAUUCUCCAGCCAAGCCCUGCCAAUGCUACUUUGCAGAGUCUCCCAACCUCACAUCAGUCAUAUUGUAAACUUCACCCUGGUUUGUUGUUGCAUGACAGAAUGUGAGGUGAACAAAGUACGGUAUGUUGACUUGAGCAGUUACCAGUUUCACUUCAAAAUAGAUUGUGUGAGGCUCUGUUUUAAUUCGUAGCAGCAGAACAUGGCUAAUUGUUCAGAAUUUAGAGAAGGAGAAAUGGAUUCUAUUAGAGUUG